AUGGCGAGAGUGCUCAACAACUUGCUUCUGUUUACAAUCAGACUCACGCUGAAGAUCCGAGUUUUAGGGUAUUGGUCGUUGAUAUACGGUUAUUGUGCCCUCUGCACUGCCGUAGCGCUGCUGAAACUUUGGUGGAGCAUCAUUUUAAGGCCGUCAGCCACCUUUCAGUGGGGAAUUCGCGAAACUCCCCCUGCUUGCUUGAAUGACACGUCCUUGGGAACCCACUGUUACGUUAGAAUAAAGGAGUCUGGUCUGAGGUUUCACUAUGUCGCUGCUGGAGAGAGAGGGAAACCGCUCAUGCUGUUUUUGCAUGGCUUCCCAGAGUUCUGGUUUUCCUGGCGCCACCAGCUGCGUGAGUUUAAGAGUGAGUUCCGUGUGGUGGCCAUUGACAUGCGAGGCUACGGGGAGUCCGACUUGCCGUCAUCCACAGAGAGCUACCGCUUUGAUUACCUGGUCACAGACGUCAAGGACAUUGUGGAAUACCUAGGUUACAACAGAUGUCACCUGGUCGGCCAUGAUUGGGGAGGAACCAUCGCCUGGCUGUUCGCCAUCCACUACCCCGAGAUGGUCACCAAACUCAUCGUCCUGAACUGCCCCCAUCCAUCUGUCUUCAGUGAUUAUGCCCUGCGUCAUCCCAGUCAGCUGCUCAAGUCCAGCUACUUCUUCUUCUUCCAGCUGUCUCGCUUCCCAGAGCUCAUGCUCUCCAUCAAUGAUUUCAAGGCACUGAAGGGUCUGUUCACCAGCCGUAGUACAGGGAUUGGGAGGAAGGGUCGAUGGCUCACUGCAGAGGACAUGGAGGCCUAUCUCUACGCCUUCUCCCAGCCAGGGGCCCUCACCGGGGCCCUCAACUACUACAGGAAUGUCUUCAGUUCCCUCCCACUCAGCCAGAAUGAUGUCAUGUCCCCGGUGUUGUUGUUGUGGAGUGAGAGAGAUGCCUUCCUGGAGCAGGAGAUGGCUGAGGCGUGCCGUGUCUACAUCAGGAAUCACUUCCGACUCAACAUCAUCUCCGGGGCCAGCCACUGGCUACAGCAGGACCAGCCUGACAUCGUCAACACACUCAUAUGGACCUUCCUCAAAGAGGGAGAGGGCCGCAAAACCUACAGGAACUGAAUCUAGCUAGGUCUA